AUGUCUGCCUAUAUUAAUAUCACAAUAAUUUUAGAUUCAAUUAUGGGUAGUUUCAUGAUAGUAUCACAAUUUGCAAAUAGUGGGAACCUACGAGAUUACUUACAACAAAAAAUAGUAUAUGAGGAUGUUUUUGUAAUUAACUGGACAGAAGUUAUUCAGAUAGCAAGGCAAAUUAUUUCUGGACUACAAUAUUUGUAUUCUAAAAGAAUUAUUCACAGAAACUUGUAUUCGAAAAAUGUUCUAGUUCAAGAUGGUAUUUUUUUGAUCUCAGAUUUUGGGACAGAGUGGAAAUUUGAUAGAAAUGUGUUCUCUAUAUGUCAAGGAGUAGAAAUGCCAGAAUACACUGAUUCUUGGUGUUAUAUUUAUGAGGAAUUAUUUUAUCCCAAUAUCAAAUCUGAUAUUUACAGUCUAGGAUUAAUACUAUGGGAACUUACGAGCAGAACUCUGCCAUUUUCAAAUAUUUCAAAUAAGCUUGCUAUAGGUUGGCUUAUUGCUUAUAAAGGCCUUCGAAAUGAAUCUAUUCUUGGCACGCCUUCAGAUUAUAACAAGCUUUGUAAUGAAUAUUGUGUUAUUAAUCCAAAAAAUUAUCCAGAGCUAGAUGAAAUUUUACGCAGAGUUCAGUAG